UAGACAUUGUGAAAUCAUCAACAGAAAAAUGGCUAAAAUAAGUUGGUGCUGACACUUUAAAAUGUGUGGUCAUUUUAAGUGACAGUAAAGUUUCAAAUGACUUCACUACAGAGCAGCUUCACAUCAGCUCACUUUAUUACUGAAGCAGUUUCGAAGAGUCUUUUCAUAUUCGUGGACUGAAAGCAUUGAAGAAAAUGUUUCUGAAAUUAGUUUUGAUCUGUUUGUGUUUGUGGCAUCUGGAUGGAGUGUUUGGUGUUCAAAGUGAAGUGAAGUAUGUGAAGGAGGGAGAUUCAGUCACUCUAAACUCUGAAAUUACUGAAAUGAAGGAUGAUGAUGAGAUUCAGUGGAGGUUUUGGAUUGAAAACACUUUAAUAGCUAAAAUCAAUAAACGGAAGAACAGCUUCACUGUAUAUGCUGAUGUUCUUGAUGGGAGAUUCAGAGACAGACUGAAACUGGACAAACAAACUGGAUCUCUGACCAUCACAGACACCACAACUGAACAUAAUGGAGUUUAUAAACUAGAGAUCAACAGAGUGAGCAAAAGUUUCAAUCUUGUUGUCUAUGUUGAAAUAUCAGUGAAUGAGGGAGAUUCAGUCUCUCUAAACUCUGAUCUUACUGAAAUAAUGGAUGAUUGUCAGAUUUUGUGGUGGUUUGUGAAUGAAUACACUUCAAUAGCUGAAAUUAGUAAUCGGACCGACAGAAUAUAUGAUGAUGUUCUUGAUGGGAGAUUCAGAGACAGACUGAAACUGGACAAUCAAACUGGAUCUCUGACCAUCACAAACACCACAAUGAAACAUGCUGGAGCUUAUGUGCUAGUACUGAAAAUUGGAGAAAAACCAUCAUUGAGGACAUUCCGGGUUUCUGUCUAUGCUCGUCUGCCUGUUCCUGUCAUCAGCAGUAACUCUUCACAAUGUUCUUCAUCAUCAUCAUCAUCAUGUUCAUUGGUGUGUUCAGCUGUGAAUGUGGGUCAUGUGACUCUCUCCUGGUACAAAGGAAACAGUUUAUUGUCCAGCAUCAGUGUGUCUGAUCUCAGCAUCAGUCUCUCUCUACCUCUGGAGGUGGAAUAUCAGGAUAAAAACACCUACAGCUGUGUGCUGAACAAUCCCAUCAGCAACCAGACUCAACAUCUGGACAUCACUCACCUCUGUCACACAUGUUCAGACUCUGUCCACUGUUGUGGUCCUACUGAAGCUGUGAUCCGAUUGGUCCUCUCUGCUCUGGUGGGCGUGGCUACUAUCAUUAUUCUGGUUUAUGACAUCAGAUCCAGAAGAGCUGAACAAGAUCAAGCUCAUAUUCACACAUCAGUGUCUGAUUUUUAGGCUUUCUGAAACACUCAAAGGUGCAACUUGGACACAUCAUCAGUGUUAAACCCAUUGUCGUAGGCUGUUUUGGGGGUGAUCAGUCCCCAGCUUGUGUCCAUGUAUAGUGAACUACACCAUGGAUCACCCACCCAUCUUAACCCACGGCCACCUUGAAGCUUUUUAUUGCAACUUCUGUUAUGUUAUUCUUGGCUCUUCUUUCCUGUAACCCUCUAUAAGAAAAAAUAAAUAAAUAAAUAAAUCAUUCACUUAA